AUGGCAACUACAACAUCCGCCAAGAAGUUUGCGACCGACCUCACCGACUAUUCCGCACGACGUCAGACUACGGGACCGUACGCCGACAAUCUCGAUGUAGACGUUCUCAUUGUUGGCGGCGGAUUCGGGGGCGUGUUCAUGUUGAAGACCCUCCGGGAGAUGGGCCUUCGCGCUGUCAUCUACGAAGCAGGGACUUCUUUCGGUGGCACCUGGAGGUGGAACCGAUACCCCGGAGCUCGAGUCGACUCUGAAGUUCCCGAGUAUGAGUUCUCUUGGCCAGAGGUCUUUGAGGGCUGGAAUUGGUCGACCAACUAUCCCAACUAUGAAGAGCUGCGGGCGUACUUUGACCAUGUCGACAGAGUCCUGAACCUCUCGAAAGAUUGCUCGUUUGAGACGGUCGUAGUCGGCGCUCAGUUCCAGCCUACGGAGGGAAAGUGGCACAUCAAGACAGCCGAUGGUCGUUUGGCAAAGAGCAAGUACUUCAUUGUUGCAGCUGGUUUUGCAUCCAAGCGUUACAUCCCUAACUGGCCCGGCGUCGAAAAGUUCAAGGGAGUCGUCCACCACUCCUCGUUCUGGCCCGAAGAAGACGUCGACGUCCGCGGCAAGCGAUGCGCCGUCAUCGGCACCGGAGCCUCCGGCGUCCAGAUCUCACAAGAAUGGGGCAAGAAAGUCGGCGAAGACGGCGAGCUCAAAGUGUUCCAGCGAACGCCGAACCUGGCCGUACCGAUGGGCAAACGACCCCUGACACCGGACGAGCAGAACAUCGCCAAGGGAUGGUACCCGCGUCUCUUCCAGCUGCGCGAGAAGUGCUUCGGCGGUUUCUUCUACGGCAUGGUCGAGCGCAACACCUUUGACGACUCCCCAGAGGAGCGUGAGGUCUUCUACAGGACGCUCUGGGAACACGGGGGCUUCAGGUUUUGGCUCGGGAACUACAAAGACAUGCUGUUCGACGCGGAGUCAAACAAGCAGGCCUACCAUUUCUGGUCGAAGAACGUGCGCGCCAGAAUCGGAGACGCCAGGAAGAGAGACAUCCUGGCCCCGAAGGUCGAGCAAAUGCCUCACUUCUUUGGUGUCAAGAGGCCGUGUCUGGAGCAGAACUACUACGAGCAAUUCAACAAGCCCAACGUGGACGUGAUCGACAUCAGCAAGAACGGCAUCUCCAGCUUCACGGAGACUGGCAUCCAGUUGGAGGAUGGAUCUCACUACGAGUUCGAUGUGGUCGCCAUUGCUACUGGGUUUGACAUUACCACCGGCGGCAUGACAAACAUGGGCCUCAAGAGCAUCAACAACACCUAUCUUCAAGACGAAUGGAAAGCCGCAGCAAACACCUACCUAGGCACCACGGUCAGCGGAUACCCCAACAUGUUCCACAUGUACGGCCCCCACGGCCCGACCUUGCUCAGCAACGGCCCUUCAACUGUCGAGGUCCAGGGCCGAUGGAUCGCUCAUUGCAUCCGCAAAAUCGAGCGGGAGAGUAUCAAGUACAUCAACCCGACUGAUCAGGCGACGAAGACUUGGAAACAGAGAAUCAACGCCCUCAGUGAUGCCUCUUUGUUCCCCACGACGAGGUCGACAUACAUGGGUGGGUCAAUGCCGGGCAAGGCGUUCGAACAGGUCAACUUCGCGGGUGGUAUCCCGCAGUAUGCCAAGGAGAUUCGGGAAGCGCUGGAUGGUUGGGUUGGGUUUGACAUUGUGAAGGAUACAAGAGACAGAAGCAGGAUUUGA